CCGGUGGAUGGACGUGGCUUCACAGAGGAGGUCUGAAGCGCUUCGGCUCCGGUGUAACGGGACACUACACGUCCCACAAUCCUCCGCCCACCACCACCAGCACGCGCCAGACAGAGAGCGAGAAGCUGAAACAGACGAGCCUCCUCUGGACUUUCUCCUCACUGCUCCACCAAGAUGAAGCUGAAGGAGGACCUGAACCCGAUGCUGCUGCUCCUCUUCCACCUCAUGGUGUGGAUCUACACUGUCAUCAGCUUCCUGCCCUCUUACCUCUUCAGCUGGGUCUUCCAGCCCGGUGACGGCUUCUACGGCUCCGAGGAGGAGCGAGCCAAGAGGCCGAAGGCCAUAUCGACUUCUGGACGUCCAGAGGGACCGUACAGAGCGGUGAGCGCCGCCAAGAGGCUGGUCACAUCGCUGCAUCCGGGAGCGGACACACUGGACAAGAUGUUUGAGUACGCCGUUGCGAGGUUCCCCCUCAGACACUGCCUCGGCACCAGGGAGGUGAUCAGCGAGGAGGACGAGCGGCAGAGCAACGGCAAAGUCUUCAAAAAGGUGGUUCUCGGGGAGUACCGCUGGCUGUCCUAUGAAGACACCCUGACAGCAGCGACCCGUCUGGGCAGCGGUCUGGCUUCGCUGGGGCAGCAGCCCAAAUCCAACAUAGCCAUCUUCUGUGAGACUCGAGCCGAAUGGCUGAUAGCCGCUCAGGCCUGCUUCGCCUACAACUUCCCAUUGGUCACCCUGUACUCCACCCUGGGAGGUCCGGCUGUAGCUCACGGCCUGAACGAAACCCAGGUCACUCACAUCAUCACCAGCAGAGAGCUCCUGGAGACCAGACUCAAGGCCAUCCUGGUCGAGGUUCCCAGGCUGCAGCACAUCAUCGUGGUGGACGACACGCCGACCACUUGGCCCGGCUUUCCCCGAGGCGUCAGCAUUCACAACAUGGCGGCUGUUCAGAAGCUGGGAGCCCGGCCGGAGAAUGCUUCUGCAGAGCGGAAGCCUCCACUGCCGUCGGACAUCGCCGUCAUCAUGUACACCAGCGGCUCCACCGGCGUCCCGAAAGGCGUCGUGAUCUCCCACAGCAACAUCAUCGCCGGCAUCACAGGGAUGGCCGAGAGGAUUCCCAACCUGUGUGAGGAGGACACAUAUAUCGGCUACCUGCCUCUAGCACACGUAUUGGAGCUCAGCGCUGAGCUAGUCUGCGUUGCAUACGGCUGCAGGAUCGGAUACUCGUCUCCUCAGACUCUUGCCGACCAGUCAACCAAGAUCAAGAAAGGAAGCAAGGGAGACACCAGCGUCCUGCGGCCCACCCUGAUGGCAGCUGUCCCAGAGAUCAUGGAUCGUAUCUACAAGAACGUGAUGACCAAGGUGGAGGAGAUGAGCUGUGUUCAGCGGACGCUCUUCAUCCUGUCGUACAACUACAAGCUGGAACAGCUGGCCAAAGGAUACAGCACACCUCUGUGUGACAGGCUGGUAUUCAGUAAAAUCCGUUCUCUUCUGGGGGGUCAGACGAGGGUCUUGCUUUCGGGUGGAGCGCCGCUUUCUGCAGCUACUCAGCGCUUCAUGAACGUGUGCCUCUGCUGCCCGGUGGGUCAAGGGUACGGCCUGACCGAGACCUGCGGCGCUGGAACCAUUAGCGAGUUGUGGGAUUACAGCACUGGGAGAGUGGGAGGUCCGCUCGUUUGCUGUGAGAUCAAACUCAAAGACUGGGUUGAGGGCGGUUAUCGUAGCACAGAUAAGCCUCAUCCACGAGGAGAGAUUCUCAUCGGUGGACCCAACGUGACCAUGGGAUACUACAAGAAGGAGGCCAAAAACCAAGUGGACUUCAUCGUGGAUGGGAACGGCCAGCGGUGGUUCUGCACAGGCGACAUCGGCGAGUUUCAGGAGGACGGGUGCCUCAAGAUCAUCGACCGUAAGAAGGACCUGGUGAAGCUGCAGGCCGGAGAGUACAUCUCUCUGGGGAAGGUGGAGGCCAUGCUGAAGAACUGCCCCCUCAUUGAUAACAUCUGUGCCUAUGCCAACAGCGGUGAGACGUACGUGAUCGGCUUUGUGGUGCCCAAUCAGAAACAGCUGCAGGUUCUGGCUCAGCAGUACGACAUCCGAGGGUCGUGGGAAGACCUGUGCAGCAGCAAGGCCAUGGAGGAGCUGGUCCUCAAGGUCAUCACCGAAGCUGCACUGGCAGCCCAGCUGGAGCGCUUUGAGAUCCCCCGCAAGAUCUGCCUGUGCCCGGAGCCGUGGACCCCGGAGACGGGGCUAGUGACCGACGCCUUCAAGCUCAAACGCAAAGAGCUGAAGACGCGUUACCUGGACGACAUCGAGAGGAUGUACGGCGGGAAAUGACAGUCUGAAACGAAUCCCACACAAAAAACUAGUGAAUGUGAAGAAACCGUUAACGUCCUCCUCAGCCAGGUGUGUUUUCACCCCCUCCCCCCUUCCAGGAGGUCUUUAUUGUUCCAGAUGUUGAGUCAUGAAACAGAGUUAUCGAUGCUGAACUCGGAUCUUUAAUUCUUUUGAUGCUCUUCAGAUUUCGCUCCUCUCCGGUUUUCCACGUCCUGCAGGUCAGGAGACGGUUAACCUCCCUUCGGUUUCUUUUGUUUUGUGUCCCGUCUGGUUUAUUUUGUUUCCCACCCACAGUCGGACUGAGACUCCCACCCUCGCGGGACGCCUCAGUCAUCCGAGGGCAGACGAGAGCCGAU